UGGUGUGAGUGUUGUAUUCAAUGAUUCAACAGGACUUGACCAGUUUUUCUGCUAGUGUUCCUUAAUGUAAAAAAUCAAAAUAUACGAAUAAAGUAAUCUGAACACCAUUUUUCCGUUUUUAUUUCGGUACAUUUAACAUUUCAAAAACAAAUUUCCGCAUCGAAUUUUUGUUUUGUUUCAUAUAUGUGCCUGUACUAGAUAACCACAAGAUUGAGGUUAGAAAAGACGUGACAUAGUUCUUUAUAUCGUGCCCGUGCACAGAUUGUUAAGAUUGUUGUUAAAAUGUGUUUGUAAUGCGAUCACACGAAAUAAAAAAAAAUCAGGAAAGCAUGCUGUCAUUUACGUUCACUUGAAGAGAAGACGCGAAGUUAUAGUCUUGUAAACGAACAUAAGGAGAUCCACAUUGGCGGUGAAGCAACAAAACGACGUCGCGCGAAUGGCAUAAGGCUAAAGAGACAUUCAUCAGACCUGGGAUCUCGUGUUGGACGGACGGGAAUGCUCAAGCCGCGAAUGACGAAGCUGUUAGGGAUAUCGUUUGGCAGGUGCAACCAUCAUCUACACGUGUUUGAAGGAUAGUCCAUGGAUGUGUUUUAUCGCGUUGACUCCUGGGAUCAUUUGAAACCUCUUUAGAAAUGAUAUUUUAUCAGAAUCGUCGUAUUUGGACUUCAAGGAUUGAAAAGAAGGAUCCUCGUUUCUAUUUGUGAGAACAGUAAAGCAAAAGUGAAAGUGAAAAUUCAUCUAAAGAGCCUGGAGGCAAAGGGGUGAAAAGCUAAAAUGGGCGAAAAACGGGGCACAAAGGCGUUGGAACUAUGGUGCCGACGGAUAACCGCGGGAUAUACUGGUGUAAAUGUACAAAAUAUGACGACUUCUUGGAGAGACGGCCUUGCAUUUUGCGCGAUGAUCCACCAUUUCCGGCCAGAUCUCAUAGACUUCAACAGCCUAGAUAAAAAUAAUGUGUACGGAAACAACGAGCUAGCGUUCAAAACAGCAGAGAAACACCUUGGAAUUCCUGCACUUCUGGAUGCCGAAGACAUGGCCUCCUGUUCCGUACCAGAUCGGUUGUCAAUUUUAACCUAUCUCUCACAGUUCUAUCAAACCUUCGGUGGUUCUUCGCCAAGUCGAGUUGCCGUGAAUAGAACAAUGGAAGCCGAAGGUGAAAUAAUCGUUCCAACGUCCGAGUCCCCGAAACAAAAGGUGCCAUCGCGUCUGGGUAUACGACGGGAUCCAUGCAUUGCAUGCGGACUUCCGGUCUUCUUGGCGGAGAAAUUGGUGGUCUCCCAUGUCACUUACCAUCGUACUUGUUUUCGCUGUGCCCGCUGCAACAAUCAGUUAACCCUUGGUAAUUAUUAUGAAACCGAGGAAGGCCAAUUUUGCUGCGAAACGUGCCCGGACGAGGAUGCUACAUCGUCCGCGACACAAAAACACAACGAGGCCAUAAAGUUUAGCGCGGAGAGUGAGAAUAAUGACAUCGCGACGGACUCGAGCUAUCAAGAAUCUUUCGACGAUGAAGAGGACGUAAACAGAGUGUUUAGUUUCAAUUCCAUAAAAAGCCUGGAACUUGAUUCUACCAUUCCUGACCUGGUUGCACAAACGUCUCGAUUAAGACUGAAUUUUAUAUCGAACCAUCUGCUCUCGGAAAAAGAUAAAGAAACACCUGUCGCUACAAGUUCUUUAAUGGAUAGCGAUUCGACUGCUUUCGAGAAAGAUCCCAUACGUUCAGAAACUGAAGCAACAAAUAGUAUAGACUCGACACACCCUGUAAACGACAAAUAUGACGAGCUAAACAAAAGGGAGGACGAGUAUAAUUCUUCUAGCGCGUAUUUGAAAUCUGAAUCUCAGCGUGGAGAAGACACGAUCGAUGAACCUAGUAGAGAUUUCAUGAGAACGAAGGACUAUGUAUAUGACAAUGUAAAUAGUAACGUUAGAAAGGAGGGACGCGUAUCGACCUCCACUCCAGUCCGAGCCAUAGUUAAGAACGAAUCUGUUAAUUUAGUCGCCAGAGUGAACAAUACCAAAGAGCUGUUAGGUCAUUCCGAUGAACGCGAGGAUGACGAUAGCCGUCUUUCUCUAGUUCAAAGAAGGCUGAAGCUGUUUGAAUCUCAAGAUAGGAUAGACCACGCUGGAAGAAGAAAGAACGAACAUCGAAGUAUCGAAGUAUCGGAGCCUAAAACUCCGAAUAAGCAGGAUAUAAAUGUAAUAAACAACGGCCAUAAAGAUCCAAACGACUUACAAAAAACUAACGUUAUAACUUCAGAAAAUAAUACAGUCAAUAACGUUGCUGAAGGUUUAUCGAAAUGGAGUCAGAUAAAUUCCAGUAAAUCGAACUCAAUAACUAACGAAGCAACUGACCAAGAAACUGAUCAAGAAAAUUCCUUGUCGAGCAGUACUAGGAACCUCGACGCGGAGAAAGUUAUAGAAGAUGCAAACACUGUGGAUGAAUCAAAAAUACCGUCAUCGCCUCUUAGAGAAAUGGCUCAACGCUCAAUGACGAUUCAUACGAGUAAAGAAAAUAGCGAAGAUAAAGCAUUUGUUCCCGUUGCGGAAGAAACUAACCAAAUCCGUGCAUCGAACGCUGACUUGCGUAUAAACGAAAGCUAUCCAAAGGAUUUGAAUCCCUUCAAAAGCGACGACGAAGAAGAAGAAGAUAUUAGUAAAAGUCAAACGAGCAGUUCUAAAGGUACUAGAGAUUUAACAAAUCCUUUCGACACUGAAGACAUCUCGGACCUGGAGGAGGAUAAAAUGCAAAAUGUCACGCCACCGAUACCAGCCGCGAGGAGCAACAUUAACGGCAACAAGAAUAAACAACAGCUUCUUAUGGAAAUACAAACAAAACGACGCCUGAUUGCGCCACAAAUUAAUUUGAAUUCUUUUUCAAGCGACGAAGAUGAACGCAAUAGCGACUUGGAAUGUCAAGAAGAAAGAUUGAAGAAUAUGCCUGUUCCGAAACCGCGCACCGUUAGACAUAUUCAAGAAGUGGGAACGAACGAACGGAAAUUGGGUCUUAGCCGAAGUAGUUUAUCGACGUCGUACGGUUCUUUAACGAGUUUGGAAUCAGGAGUGCCUGUUGGAACCAUUUCUCGAAAAAAGAAACCGGCACCACUACCACCAAACAUGAAGGAACUAUCUAUUUCUAAUCAACGUACUCCCGUAGCCCACCAACCGCACAAUAAUUCUUCGGAUCAAGAUUCGUAUCUACGCCCAACGCCUAAGGUGCGCAAAACAAAACCUGCACCACCUCCACCUAUGCAAAGCAGUAGCCCGUACAAUGCAUCCAUUAGCACAACAUUGAAUUUCGAAGAAUCUCCAAUAAUCGAAUCGCGUAAUAUGAACAAAAAUCAAAAUGCGUCGGAAGAUAAAAAGACUAAUAAGGACGAAGCAAAUAGAAGCAAACAAAGCUUAAUGCAUAUUCCGUGCGGUGACAAUUUCGAUUACAAAUCAUACAUGGACAAAAGUACUCAAGGAAAAUGGAAAAGAAAAAAAGGUCCGGCUCCGCCUUGCCCAAUGCCGUAUAAAAGAAAAGUAAAAAUAUUGUCCCUUGAGGACGUUAAAUUGGAAUUGGAUGAAAUUGAAUUACAACAACAGGGCUUGGAGAAACAAGGUGUACGAUUGGAACAACUAAUUAGAAAUAAAUGCGAAUCUGGACUCAGUACUGACGAUGUAUUUCCUGGGACCGAUAUAGAAGAAUUAGUUUUAGAAUUAUUUGCCCUGGUAAACGAAAAAAAUGAAUUGUUCAGGCGGCAAGCUGAAUUAAUGUUACUUCGAAGACAACAGAGAUUAGAGGAAGAACAUGUUGAAGUGGAAUACCAAAUUCGAUGUUUAAUGUCGCAUCACGAAUCUACAAAGACGGACUACGACAAACAAAAAGAGGAGGUAUUAAUACAAAGACUUGUGGAAAUUGUCGAAAGACGGAAUGAAAUUGUCGAAUGCUUGGAAAUGGAUCGUCGCAGAGAAAUAGAGGAAGAUAAAAGUAUACAUAAACACAUGGAUCUCUUUGCUGCCAAAAAAAAAAACGAGACAUCAAACAACGGAACAGAUGAUCCCUGUUGUUCAAAAAUGAAGAAAAGCAAAAUAAAGAAAAAAACGAAGGAGAAAAAGUCAAAUAAAAUGUUCAAGAAAGAUAUUGAUAAAGAUAUAGAUGAGACUGAGUUGACAGCCAAACGUCAUAAUAAGCGGAAAUGGUUUUAAGGUGCACUCCUUACUUAAGUUAAAAGCUGUGCAUACACUUACACAAUAUCAGUCUUUAGAAAAUAAUUUUUCACAUAACUCUUACAGUAAAUGUUUUAUAAUAUACAGUAAAAUUUUGAUAAUCCAUGUUUUAUUUAAAUAGAGGUCCGUUAUUUUGCAAUUGUAAUUUAGGAAAGGCUGUGUCGAUGUUUGCAAUCUGUUAAACUCUUAUAAUGUCACUAAACAUAAUAUAUUUGAUUUUAUUUAUUGGAUUUAUUAGAAAGGUGUGCCCUUUCAAAUUACGCAGCACUCACUGAAAAUAUUUGUAGAUAAAAUAUAAAUGAUUAAUAUAAUUAUUUUUCUCAUUAAAAGUGUAACUUUUUUUAAGGGAAUCGUCAAAUUUUGAUAACCUUCCUAGACGUGAUUCAACAUGUUCGCUGUAAUAUUAUAUUUGGUCCAAAAACACGACACAUGUUUUGUGUAACCGAGGUCACAUUACUUUCUUAUAAAAAUUCAUGCAGUAUGCAGUAUUACAAAUGUACUUAAUUGGCCGACACCUUUGCUGCGUUUUUACUAUUAAGGGACUAAGAAUUUGAACACUAAACAUUGUGGACUUAUACAGUACACUUGCUAGGAAACGCAACGAGAGUCAAUAAUCAUUUAUCUUGAUGUAAUUUUUCAUAAAUAAACUACACGAAACUACUUUACAGAUCAGACUUAUCCGGUGAACAUUUGCAGUUGUUUUUCACGAUAAGAAAUACUAUUUGCAACCCCAAUUUAACAUAAUUGUUCUCCGUAAGAAACAAUUUCGUUCUCGCUAAUUUCUCGAAAAUUAUAUUUACAUUAAUUAUUAAUAUCAAUUGUCUUAUAUUCUGUACUUUGUUAAUAAAGAAAUUCUGUAAACUUUGUUUUCAUCUUUAUAUGUAAGUAUGUACUAUCCUCGAUUGUACCUCUGU